AUGCUGCCCUGGACGGCGCUCGGCCUGGCGCUGGGCCUGGCGCUGGCGCGGGGCGGCGCGGAGCGCGCGCCCCAGGCAGCCGCCCCCCAGGGGGACCUGCUCUUUCUGCUGGACAGCUCGGCCAGCGUGACUCACUAUGAGUUCUCCCGGGUCCGGGAGUUCCUGGGCCAGCUGGCGGCCCCCCUGCCCCUGGGCCCCGGGGCCGUGCGCGCCAGCCUGGUGCACGUCAGCAGCCGGCCCCACUCGGAGUUCCCCUUCGACCGGCACGGCUCGGGGGCCGCCGUCCAGGACGCCAUCCUCGCCGCCGCCCAGCGCAUGGGCAACACCAACACGGGCCUGGCGCUGGCGUACGCCAAGGAGCAGCUGUUCGCCGAGGCCGCGGGGGCCCGGCCCGGCGUGCCCAAGGUGCUGGUGUGGGUGACGGACGGCGGCUCCAGCGACCCCGUGGGGCCCCCCAUGCAGGAGCUGAAGGACCAGGGUGUCACCGUCUUCAUCGUCAGCACCGGCCGCGGCAGCCGCCUGGAGCUGUCGGCCGCCGCCUCGGCGCCCGCCGAGCGGCACCUGCACUUCGUGGACGUGGACGACCUGCCCAUCAUCGCCAGCGAGCUGCGGGGCGCCAUCCUCGACGCCAUGCAGCCCGGGCAGCAGCAGCCGCAGCUCCGCGCCUCGGAGGUCACGUCCAGCGGCUUCCGCGUGGCCUGGCCGCCGCUGCUGACCGCGGCCUCGGGCCACUACGUGCUGGAGGUGGCCCCCGCCGCCCAGCCCGCCGCCGCGCGCCGCCAGCAGCUGCCGGGCAGCGCCACGAGCUGGGCCUGGGCCGGCCUCGCCCCCGACACCGACUACCGCGUGGCACUGCGGCCCGAGCCCCACCUGCCGCCCGCCGCGCCGCUGCUCCUGCACGUGCGCACGCUGCCCGAGGAGCCCGCAGAGGAGGCCGCAGAGGAGGCCGGGCCGGAGCGCCUCGUGGUGUCGCACGUGCGGCCGCACAGCCUGCGGGUGAGCUGGGCGCCGGCGGGCGCGCCCGGCUACCACGUGCAGGCGGGGCCGCUGCGGGGCGGCGCGGCGCAGCGCGUGGAGGUGCCCGCGGGCCGCAACAGCACGGCCCUGCGCGGCCUGGCGCCCGGCACCGCCUACCUGCUCACCGUGACGGCCGCCUUCCGCUCCGGCCGCGAGAGGGCGCUGUCCGCCACGGCCUGCACCCCCGAGGCCGAGCGCGCCCGCGCCCCGCGCCCCCCGCCGCCGCCGGGGCCCGGGGCCCGGGGGCCGUGA